AUGCUGAGAGUCGAAAACCUUGAAAAAGAGCUGGCGGCUUUAAAGGAACUCGUGCAAGCGAAUGAUGGUAGGCAAAACGCGGUUAAUAGCGCUACAGUCAGCAAGAAAAAGGGGAAGAGCAGAACUCCAAAACAGCCAAAGAACAAGGUUUGUGGAAAACCUCAGUGCAAGGACGCCGAUACUAAUGACGAUGGGCAAAUAGCAACGGAGUCUCCUGUUUCUACGGAAGACAACCGAAGCGAACCCUCAACUUCUCUCAGCCAUUCCGCGUGUUCAGUAGUACCCUCGGUUGGAAGUGAGGAAACAAGCUCGUGGCAAGAUGGGAUGGGUAAGCACCACAACAGGAGUAUAAAACCCCAGACGACUCCGGUGGAUCUCCUGAGACCUUCAGCUGACAAGGUCGCCGGAAACAGAACAAAUGAACCCCUGGAUCGUCAGCACUGCUUAGUCGUUCAGGGCCUAUCGGAGUCGAAUGCUCCUACACCGAAGGAGAGGAUUUCCGCUGACCUCGAUAUGCUUCAACACCUUCUGAACAAAAUGCUUAAUUCGAAUGAAAGGGUAACUAUUCACGCAGCCUUCAGGAUCGGAAAGAAGGUGAGCGAACAAUCGGAAACUGCGCGGCCACGACCUCUGAAAAUCGUUUUGGGCAGUAAAGAGGAGGCUAGCUUGCUUCUGUCCAGGAAAAGCUGCCUCCGAAACUCUCACAAGGAAGUUUUUUUUCAACCGGACUAUUCUCCAGCGGAACGUCUGAAACGCCGCGAAUUAGUGACGGAGCUGAAGAGGAGACUUGCAGCAGGAGAGAGCAACUUGGUUAUUUUCAGGGGACGAGUGAUACAGAGGAAUGCGAUGUUGCUUUGGAACCAGCCAGUCAUCAUGAUGGCGGCAGCAACGUAA